ACGCGCAGAGAGAGCAGCUACGCAGGAGAGAGGGGCAGGAGCCGAAUGGUGGAGCUGAAGAUGGCGGAUGGCGACAGCGGGAGUGAGCGCGGUGGUAGCAGCGGGGGAGGAGGAGGAGGAGGCGGCGGCGGCUUCCAGCACUUCCAGCGGGACCAGGAGACCCAGGAGCUUGCGUCCAAGCGCUUAGACAUCCAGAACAAGCGCUUCUACCUGGAUGUCAAGCAGAACAGCAAGGGCAGGUUCAUUAAAAUCGCCGAGGUUGGGGCCGGGGGCUCCAAAAGUCGCUUGACCCUCUCUCUUUCAGUGGCGGCGGAGUUCCGUGACUACCUCGGGGAUUUCAUCGAGCACUACGCCCAGCUGGGGCCUAGUAGUCCGGAGCAGAUAGCCCAGGCUGCUGUGGGUGAGGACGGCGGGCCCAGGCGGGCACUCAAGAGUGAGUUCCUCGUUCGGGAGAACCGCAAGUACUACCUGGACUUGAAGGAGAACCAACGGGGAAGGUUUCUGCGUAUCCGGCAGACCGUAAACCGUGGAGCUGGCUUCGGAGUCGGGGGCCCUGCGGGCGGCAUGCUGGCCGGUCAAACCAUAGCCCUUCCGGCGCAGGGGUUAAUAGAGUUUAGAGACGCCCUUGCUAAGCUCAUAGAUGAUUACGGGGGAGACGACGAGGAGCUGAGCGGGGGCCCGUCCGCCGGGGGCUACGGUGAGCUCCCCGAGGGCACCACCAUCAUGGUGGACUCCAAGCGGUUCUUUUUCGACGUCGGGUCCAACAAAUACGGCGUGUUCCUGCGCGUGAGCGAGGUGAAGCCCAGCUACAGGAACUCUAUCACCAUCCCGUUCAAAGCCUGGAGUAAAUUCGGCGGAGCUUUCAGCAGAUACGCCGAGGAGAUGAAGGAGAUCCAGGAGAGGCAGCGGGAUAAGAUGUACGAGAGGAGGGACGAGUCCGAGGGAGACGACGUGGAUGACGACUGAGAAAGAAAAGUCCAGUGGAAAAAACAGCUGUUAGUCCAGUUACAUGGCAGAGCUGCAAUAUAGAUAAGUUUUGCAAAAAAAAAAUUUAAUAAAAAAAGAAAAAACGAGAUAAAGUGCAUGACAAAUCGUGCUGUUAUAGCAUACUAAAGUAUCGUGGCGUAUAAAAAAAGUAUCCGUGCAGGGAAUUGUUGGUGUAUUCUGCUAAGGUUUUGUAGGGUUGUGAGGAGUGGUUGUUUGAAUCUCUGAAAGUGAAUAAAAAGGUGGAGUAAGUAAGAGAGAUGUCCCAUUGGCUGAGGGCAAAAAAAGAGUGCUUUAUUGUUAAAAAAACAAAACAGAGAGAGACAUUACUAAAACCAGCCACUUGGUUUGUAGAACUAGAAAUAAGGCCCAUGAAUGCUUUCUUAUGUGCAACAAUGCAGUCAGUAGAUGAUAUUUAAAGAGUGAGGUGUCAAACUGUUUCAGAUGUUUUCCUUGCUCACUCUGUCAGGAGAGAUCGAGCAUCCAUUGUAUUCCUGUUCCAGACCUGGUCUCUCCCUCCCUCCCUCUCUCUCUCUCUCUCCCCUCAGUGUGUAGGGUUCUUGCAAGUCAAUAUGAAGAAGAAGCUCGAGAGGAAAAUGUAAAGAAAGCUGCUGUCACUCGGCGGCUGUUGUGCAUUACAUUUACAGAGCUGUCAGACAGCACAGAGGCUAGUGGCAGCAGCUGCAGCAGGCCGCUAAUUGAAAAGAUAACUCAAAAAAUAAGAUGUAGAGGAUGUUACUGAGAGGAUUAUCUGUUAGACCAAACACGGAGGGCCGUGCGGACUUCAAUUUUAAAGCUUUUGACUCCAGUAGUCAAUUACAGUGCAGAUCAGCUGGGUUUUAUGUUAUACAUACAAUCUCAAGCGGUGUUUUCACAGCAAAAUUGUUCAGCUUGUUUUUAAGUAGGAAUUCACAUCCAGAGAGAAGGUUGACCUGAUUCCCCCCGACACCAGAGCAUCCCUGGUGUUUGGGAGUAAAAACGGCGGCUUUUGGAGAGCCAGCAGGAGAGGAACGUCUUAUGUGUUCAUUGAAGGGACUUUUAACGACGCUCGUUUUUUGCUCCCACGUGACACUGUUGGACCAGGAGCGUAAAGAUACAAGUGGAGCUUCUCUGAUGUCGACGGGCUCCACCAUCAGGCUCUGCGACGCAGUCCGCGUCGGACAAGGACGUCUGUCCUAAUCAGCCACGAGCCUCUUUCUAUACAGACCAACAUUCAGACACAUGAAGACCCUGGACAGAAACACAUCCAUGGAUGUUUUCUUAUUCGUUUUGUUUUGUGUGUGUGCGUGCGCGUGUUUUUCUUUCUUUUCAAAAGAGAACUAUAUUGAAAUGAGAUUCUACUUAUAGGAAAGGUAUAACCGAACAAACCAGCAAAAGAUAUUUUGAAAUACUUAUAAGGAAAAACAUAUUGUCUAAAGUUAAUUUCGAGAUUUAAAAAAAAAAAAAAAAUUGAAUAAAAGAAAAAAAUGUUAAUUUCUUUAAAACAAAGUUGUGACUCGAACCUCCGGGCUAUUUUUCAUUUUUGUUUUGCCAAGAGUUGAAAAUAUAACACUUCCUUAAUUAAAACUACUUUAAUUGCAAUAA